UGUCCCUGUGGUAUUGCUUCCACUGAUGGGGUCUUUUCGGAAUGAUGGUUUGAAAGCUUCUGAUGUCCUUCCCAUCCUAAAGGAAAAAGUGGCCUUCGUGUCUGGGGGCCGUGAUAAGCGAGGCGGACCCAUCCUGACUUUUCCAGCUCGGAGCAAUCAUGACAGAAUAAGACAGGAAGACCUGCGGAAACUCGUGACCUAUUUGGCCAGUGUGCCAAGUGAGGACGUGUGCAAACGUGGCUUCACCGUCAUCAUCGACAUGCGGGGCUCCAAGUGGGACCUCAUCAAGCCCCUCCUCAAGACGCUGCAGGAAGCCUUUCCAGCCGAGAUCCAUGUGGCCCUCAUCAUCAAACCCGACAACUUCUGGCAGAAGCAGAAGACCAACUUCGGCAGCUCCAAAUUCAUCUUCGAGACAAGCAUGGUGUCCGUGGAGGGCCUCACGAAGCUGGUGGACCCCUCCCAGCUGACCGAGGAGUUCGAUGGCUCCCUGGACUACAACCACGAGGAGUGGAUCGAGCUGCGGCUCUCCCUGGAGGAGUUCUUCAACAGUGCUGUGCACCUGCUGUCCCGCCUCGAGGACCUGCAGGAGAUGCUGGCCCGGAAGGAGUUCCCGGUGGACGUGGAAGGCUCCCGGCGGCUCAUCGACGAGCACACACAGCUCAAGAAGAAGGUGCUGAAGGCCCCCGUGGAGGAGCUGGACCGGGAGGGGCAGCGGCUGCUGCAGUGUAUCCGCUGCAGCGACGGGUUCUCGGGGCGCAACUGCAUCCCGGGCAGCGCCGACUUCCAGAGCCUGGUGCCCAAGAUCACCAGCCUCCUGGACAAGCUGCACUCCACCCGGCAGCACCUGCACCAGAUGUGGCACGUGCGCAAGCUCAAGCUGGACCAGUGCUUCCAGCUGCGGCUUUUCGAGCAGGAUGCCGAGAAGAAUGCCUAUGUCAACAUCAACCGCAUCAUGUCCGUGGCUUCCCGCCUCUCCGAGGCCGGUCAUUAUGCCUCGCAGCAAAUCAAGCAGAUUUCCACACAGCUGGACCAGGAGUGGAAGAGCUUCGCGGCUGCCCUGGAUGAACGCAGCACCAUCCUGGCCAUGUCUGCGGUGUUCCACCAGAAGGCUGAGCAGGUGAAGCCAAGGGAGCUGCUGUGGUGGCUGUUGGUCAGAAGGGUGGGAGUACAUACGCUGUCUGUGUAG